GGAAACGCGUUUAUUUCCUCGUUGACGUGAACGCGCUUCGGCAAACUGAAAACACUGGAGAAAGCAAACAUCAGUGCUGAAUAUAUGCGUUUAACUUCUUGUAGGCUCUAGGCACAAGCAACAGCACGGGUGUCUUCAGCUCUCUUCUCUAACCCCACCCCCUCACCACAAGAGAAUUGCCAUGGUGGAUGUCACUAAGUGGCCUCUCUUCACACUCUUGAGUGCUCAGGAGCUCGCCUCCAUAAGACAGGCAUGCAUUUUCGGAGCAUAUGCUAAUGAGGCCAUCUACAUCACCCAUGAUGAUGAAGUGUAUGUGUUAGGUCUGAACUGCAGUAAUUGUCUGGGCACUGGAGACAGUCAGAGCACCAUUGUCCCUAAAAAACUGGACUCUCUGAGUGGGAAGAAGGUGGUCCGUUUAAGCUAUGGCAGUGGGCCUCAUGUUCUGCUUGCCACAGAAGAGGGGGAGUUGUAUGCAUGGGGGCAUAAUGGGUACAGUCAGUUGGGCAAUGGGACGACCAAUCAAGGUGUGUCACCCGUCCUGGUGUCUUUAAACCUGCAGAACAAGAGAGUGACAGAGGUGGCCUGUGGGUCUCACCACUCUUUAGCACUGACCCAUGAUGGUGAGGUAUUUGCUUGGGGCUACAACAACUGUGGUCAGGUGGGUUCGGGGUCCACCGCCAACCAGCCGGCACCCCGCAAAGUGACCAACUGCCUCCAGAACAAAGUAAUGGUCAGUAUAGCCUGUGGACAGACCUCCUCCAUGGCUGUGGCGGAUAAUGGCGAGGUUUAUGGGUGGGGUUACAAUGGAAAUGGACAGCUGGGGUUGGGCAACAAUGGGAACCAGCUGACAGCGUGUCGUUUGAUUGCGCUGCAAGGCCAAUGUGUGCUGCAGAUUGCCUCUGGUUAUGCUCAUUCACUGGCCUUGACCGAUGAGGGAUUACUGUAUGCAUGGGGGGCCAACACUUAUGGCCAGCUGGGCACCGGCAACAAGAGCAAUCAACUCGGCCCUGUUCAGGUCAUGACUGAGAAAGAAAGGAUUGUGGAGAUCGCCGCCUGUCAUUCCACACACACAUCAGCGGCAAAGACGCAGAGCGGUCAGGUGUACAUGUGGGGGCAGUGCCGCGGACAGCCACUCGUGCUGCCACACCUCACGCACUUCACCAGCACGGACGAUGUCUUCGCCUGCUUUGCCACCCCUUCUGUUAUGUGGCGACUGCUCUCCAUGGAGCAUGAUGAUUUCCUGACUGUAGCAGAGUCCCUAAAAAAAGAGUUUGACAAUCCUGAGACCUCGGACCUCAAAUUCAGCAUAGACGGCAAAUACAUCCAUGUCCACAAGGCUGUUCUCAAAAUUAGGUGUGAGCACUUCAGAUCAAUGUUCCAGUCACACUGGAAUGAGGAUAUGAAAGAAGUGAUUGAGAUUGACCAGUUUUCUUUUCCGGUGUAUCGCUCUUUCUUGGAGUUCCUUUACACUGAUAGUGUAGAUCUUCCUCCUGAGGAUGCUAUCGGACUGCUGGAUCUUGCAACCUCAUACUGUGAAAACAGACUAAAGAAGUUGUGCCAGCAUAUCAUAAAGAGGGGCAUCACUGUCGAAAACGCUUUCUCCCUGCUGUCUGCUGCCAUUAAAUAUGAUGCUGAGGAUCUUGAGGAGUUCUGUUUUAAAUUCUGUGUCAACCACUUGACUGAGGUCACACAGACAGCUGCAUUCUGGCAGAUCGACGGCAACAUGCUGAAGGAGUUCAUCUGCAGAGCCAGCCGUUGUGGAGCUUUCAAAAACUAACUGUAAUGCCUCCAGACAUCCACCAGAAAUACACAGUCUCAAACUGUAUUGGCCAUGGAACCAAUCUGUUACUUCAGGCUGUCAGAGGGUGCUGUUACACCAGAUAGUCAUUUACACACACUAUUGGGUCCUAAGGCUAGGGUUAGGGCCUUGUUCAGCAGAAAGCUGGGCACCUUCCACCAAUGUGCUAUUAAUGUCCUGUGCAACUAUAUCAAGGGUAAGGUUGCACAUUCAUCUGUUACAAGUGUUGGUCAGUCAGACAGUGUAAGUUCCUUUUCAAGUCUUUUUGGAAAAGAGACAUUGCACAAUGCUAGUAACACUUCCUAGUGCUGCUGACAGGAGUAAUGUUUGCAUAAUAAAGUGGGAGGGAUAUUGGAGUUUGAUAAUACAUUUAUUACAAUGCUGCUUCAAUACUCCACAGCUACGUCUACAAAAACUAUGACAAUUGCACUCAGUUUGAUGUUUAAACUUUGCUAAAAUAAAAAGUAUUACAAAUAGUUGCACUCAUAGAACAGUAGCUUCCUUUUAAAGGAGCUCAUAUAGGAUCAUUCAAGUAUUUUGGAUAAUCUUUUAGUUGUUUCAGGACUUUCACCUUUUUAGUUUGCUGUAACUUAUUAACCAACUAUAUUGUUUGUUCUAUGUACAUACUGUACAGAUUUUUGCAUUAGUUUUAUAAAUGUAUUUGUGCACAUCAAGUGUGCCAUAGUUUCUCUUGUAAGUUAUACAACUUUAUCUCUAAAAGGUGUAUAAAGAUUUUCUCAUAUGUUGCAUCAGUAUUUGUUGCAGUAUUUCUAUGUCUAUAAAUAGUUUCCCAAUUAUGGUGUCAUAAUU